AUGAACAAUCGAUCCACAAUCUUUAUUGCUUUUCUGCUCAAGGUUUACACUGCUAAAUUUGAUAAUCGUUUAACUAGGGCUCGUAAUGCGUAAGAAAUAGGAACUUAAUGCUAACUGAACCAAUUUCUUUUAGGAAAUAUUUGUUAAGGUAAACAUGAUUAUAAUUCAGAUUGUCAUUACAGUUGCUAAUAAUGCAUUGGGAAUUAAGUUGAUAGUUGUACUUCCUGUGAUAUCCUCACUAAAAGAAUGUUAAAUGAUAAUAAAUGCGCAUGUUUAGAAUCGUAUUAUGAAUUGGAGCCAUAAACAACUUGCUAAAGUAAAUUUAUAAUUAUAAUUUAGAGUGUAAUAAAUCUUGUUUGACUUGUUAGGGAGGAUCAGAAAGUGAUUGUCUGAGCUGUGAUAAUAAAAGUACAUUUGUAAAUAAUAGAUGUAUUUGCAAAGCUGGCUACUUCAUCGAUAAUAAUAUGGAAUGCACAUGUAAAUAAAUUAAAUUAUUAUAAAAAAGAAUGUGAUUUUACUUGUGAAUAUUGUUUCAAUUCCUCAUUUAAUGGUUGCAUCAAAUGCAACCCAUCCUCAUUAAGAUACCUGGAUAAUAAUGAAUGCAAAUGUCCAACUGGCUAUUAUUCAUAAGCAGGAAUGUAGUAAUGUUAGAGUAGAAUAAUAUAAUAAUAAUAGAAUGCAAUGAUAUGUGUAAUACUUGUGAUUCAUAAAAUUCAUGUUUGAGUUGCAAAGAAGAUACAAUAUUACUAUUGAACUCAUGUGUUUGUUAGACAGGAUAUGUUUUAAUUAAAGUUGGCAAUCUGAGUUCAUGUCAAAGUAUUAUUAAUUAUAUUGUAAAUAGAUUGUCAUAAUCAAUGUGAAUCAUGCUUUGGAAUAUAUUCUUACUAGUGUUCUACAUGUAAACUUAAUAGCACCUUAUAAAGUGACAAUACCUGUCAUUGUGAUGAUGGAUACUAUUUAUCAUAAAAUGAUUGUUAAAUUUGUGACUCUAGUUGCUUAACUUGUGUAUAUACAAGCACAAAUUGUUUAUCAUGCUAAUUUGGAUAUACAUUAGAAAGCAAUAACAAAUGUUGUCAUGGUUCAAAUAUAUUUUAGAACAAUCAAUGUUAGUGUUCUGAUGAAUUUUAUCUUGACAGUUCAGGGAUUUGUAAUCGUAAAUAUAAUUAAUUAAUUAUAGGUUGUCCUUAUAACUGUUUGAAAUGUGAUGAAAAUUUUGUUUGUUCUGAAUGUAUAGACAAAUUGUUUAUUGGAACAUCUUGUGAUCAAAAUUGUUUGCCUGUGAAUUGUUAAGAAUGUGAUUUAGAUGGAAUAUGUACAAAGUGUAUGCCAAAUUAUUAAAAGGACUCUAUUGGUGAUUGUGUUUGUAAUGCAGGAUAGUACUACCUUGAUUUACUAACCCCGUAGUGUUUGAGUAUUUUAAACUUAAUAAUAAGUUAGAAUGUUCUGAAUAGUUUGAUAAAUGUUAAUAAUGCGAUGCUACAGGUUGUUUUGUUUGUGAGGAAGAUUAUUUCUUAGAUAGUGGUCCAUGUACUUAAUGUAUGCCUAAUUGCAAAUCUUGUUCCAUUCUCUCUAUAUGCGAUGUUUGUUAUGAUGGUUACUUUGAUAAUUAGUGUGACAAAUGUCAUCCAAGUUGUAAAAAUUGCAGAGGCUCAUAGAAAAAUUAAUGUUUAGAGUGUUUUGAUGAUAGAAUUUCAAAUAUUAUCAUUAUCUUCGGAGAUGGUACGAGUCAAGUUGAAUGUCAAUGUAAUAGCAUAUAAUAGUAUUAUGAUGGUGAUUUUAAUUGCCAAAAUUGUGAUACUAAAUGUAAUACUUGUGAUGGAGGAUCCUCUUCUCAUUGUUUGGAUUGCUUCUUAAGUUAAAAUAGAGUCCUAGUAUCUAAAAGUUGUCUUUGUGAUUAAUUGAAUAAUUAUGCUGAUUUAGGAGAUGAUUAAUGCUAUCUAAUGUAUUGUGGUUAUGGUUGUGCUGAUUGUCAGUAUAUUGGAUUGGUUUACACAUGUCAAAGUUGUCAUUCUGGUUUAACAAAUAGAAUAAAUGAUCCUGUAACAAAUUGUCCAUGUCAAGAUGGCUAUUAUGAAGUAUCUAAAAAGAGUUGCAAAUGUAUCAAUAUCAUUUAUGUAGAAUGUCCAAAAUAAUGCGGUACUUGUGAUUUAGAUUUAUCAAAUUAGCCAUAUUGUACAACAUGCGCAGCUAAUAGGGAUGCCAAUGAUAAUUGCAAAUGUCUUAUUGGAUAUUAUUAAAAUGGACCUUAUUGUGAUAAAUGUCCUGAAACCUGUUUAUAUUGUCUAGCAAUUAAUAACUGUGUUUAGUGCUAACCCAAUUUUUUUCUAAAGGAUGGGACAUGUGUCUGCCCUCUCAAGAAUUUUUAUUAUCGAUAAAGUUGUUCAUGCUUAUAAGGAUAUUAUAUGCACUUAGAAAAUUAAAAGUGUUUACGUACUUUAAUUACAUAUUCAAUAGCUUGUCAUCCUAAAUGUGAAUAGUGUGAAUUUACAUCUACAAAUUGCAUCAAAUGUUCUGAUCACUAUUAUAAUCCCCCUGAUUGUAUAUGUGCUUCUGGGCUUUAUGAGUUGGAUAUCAAAUGUGUUCCCUGCACAAAUAAUUGUCAUCUUUGCAAAUCUGAUUCAGAAUGUUUGGAUUGUCCUAGUCAAUUGACUUUAAUUUAAAAUCAAUGCAAGUGUUAAACUGGAUAUUUUAAUUAUCCUGGGAGUUAAGAUUGCAAUUAAUGUUCAUUAUAGUGUUUGGAAUGCAAUUAUCAUCAAGAUAAUUGUGUCACAUGUAAAUUUAACAGAGUAUCCCCCUAACUUUGUACCUGCCCUGAUGGAACCUAUGAGAUUGACUUAGUCUCUCCAUGUUUGAAUUGCAAUUCUGUAUGUAUCACUUGUGAAUUGAAUUCGUCUAAUUGUCUAAAGUGUACAUAAAAUAGAGCAGAUCCUCCUCUUUGUAAAUGCAAAGUAGGUUAUUUUGAAGAUAAUGAUCAAAUAUGCCAAUAGUGCAAUGCACGAUGUGGAGUAUGUGAGACUUCAUCAGAGAAUUGCAUAACAUGUAAAUUAGCUUCUUCUGUACCUCCUACUUGUGAUUGUCUAGAUGGAUACUUUAAUGAUAUUUCAAAUGGAUGUAUCAAAUGCCAUAAAACAUGUUUAACAUGUAAUGGAUCUGAAGAUUAUAAUUGUUUAACAUGUGAUACUGCUAGGUUUAUGUAAUUGUAAAAUACGAAGUGCGAGUGUUUAAAAAAUUACUACUAUUAAGAUGAUAACUGUUAUGUCUGUUCUAUUGAAGUUGAAGUCUGUCAACCUAAAAUAUGUGGGGAUGGAAUAAAAUCCAGUAAUGAGCAAUGCGACGAUGGAAAUACAAGCAAUAGAGAUGGAUGUUCAAGAGAUUGUAAACAAGAAAUGGAAUAUUAUUGUGAGUUAAUUCCAAAUUUACUAAUUCAUAGUUCUAUUUACAUUUCUACUUGUACUAAAUGUUCACAGUAUUGUAAAGUUUGUAAUUCCAGCAGAUGUCUCCAAUGUAACUCAGGAUAUUUCUUGACCAAAUCCUUUGAAUGCAGCAAAUGCGAGUAAUAUCCUAUUUCUAUUUCAUAGUAAACAUUGCAAAGAGUGUUCAGGACCAUUUUAGAAGGAUUGUCUAUCAUGCAUCAAAGGUAUUGAUUAUGGAUUUACUCAAAAAUGUGCAUUUUGUGAAGAAACUAUAGGAUUAUAUACAAAGGGAUUAUAAUGUGCUUCUUUGUGUGGAGAUGGAAUUAGAAAGAGUGAUGAGUAAUGUGAUGAUGGUAAUACUUUCAAUAAUGAUGGAUGUUCUAGUACAUGUCAGAUCGAAUAGGAUUGGGGUUGCAAAUAAUAAAUAAAUACUUUAAGCGUUUGUUACAAAUUAAAUUUAUCAAUUGCUUCCUUGGAAUUUGAAAGAGUUAAAGAUUUUUAUUAGUCAUCAAGGUUUGGAUUAAUUUCAUUCAGCAAACCUAUGAUUUUGAUUAAUUCAUCCAUAAUCAAAUCAUGGAAAUAGGAAAUUGUUGAUUAGAUUGAUCAUGUAGAUUACGAUAUUAAUUCAACCUCUAAUUAUAAUCAAGAUGGUCAUUUAGAGUCUAUUUCAAUUAAGUUACUCUUGCAUAAGAGUAUCGAUUUCGUUUAAUAUCAAAUUAACUUUACUAAUUACGUAAUUUAUGAUGCAAUUGACAAAUAUCCUUUGAAAUCCUCCAUUUUGAAAACAGAAUUAUUGAAAUAUAAAUAAUUAAGCACUCAAACUUUGAGUACUACAAAAGCAUCUAGAUAAUUUGGAUCUACUGUCCUAUUUAUAUUAGGAGGAAUUGCUUUAAUAGGGUUGUUGAUGGGAAGCUUAGAUUUCUAUUGGAAUGUGUUAGACAAUCUAUAAAUUCUAUCUUACAUCACAUACAUCAAUGUCAACUUUCCCUAUAUGCAUAAUUAAUUUUUGGAUAUUUUUUAAUUUGCGAGGUUUGAGUUUACUAAUGAUUUUUUCAAAUUUGAUAUCAUAAACGGUUUGGAUUAUCAUUAAAAUAAGGAUUAUCCUCUAAUUGUGGAAAGAAAUGUAGAGUACAACCUAGUCGUUAAUUUAAGUUCCAUAUUAGUUUUUUGGGUUACUCCCUUCAUUCUGUUAUUCAUUUCUAAAUUUAAUCUUUUUAUAAUACAAAGAUUGUUGAUUAACAAAUUUCAAAGUAUCAAACUAAAUCAAAAAGUAAACAGUCUGAAAUUUUUGGGUUACAAAGUAGUUUCAUUUAUUCACUUUAUUAGUUUGAAGUAUUGUUCAAAUUUUUACUAUAAUAUAAUACUCAGAGUCUACCUGUCAAGUUUAUACGAUCUGAAUUUUUCCAUCUUUACUUCAGCUUAUUGUUGGUUAUGGAAUCAAAAUCCUAAUUUUGUAGAGUAAGUUUCAUUCCUAGGCGCUAUGAGUCUACUCUUAUUUUAACUUGUUGUCUUAUUUAUACUUUCAACAUCUCUAAAGGCAUCCUCCUAUUAAAUAGCUUCUAAGCAUUACGCACAACACUUUGGAUCUCUAUAUGAAGGCAUCAAAUCGGUUAAACAAAUCAAUAGAUAAAUUUAAUUUCUCUAACCCCUUAGAAAAAUUUUGUUUAUGGGUGCUCUACUAUUAUUUUUUGAUACUGCAAUUUAUCAGAUCUCGCUUUUGAUAUCCAUAUAAAUCUUGUCAUCAAUUGUUUUAAUUACUCUUAAUCCUUACAUGAACUUUUUGGAGACUAUUAAAGGUAUUACCUAGGAUGUUGGAUUGAGUCUUUCAUUAUCUUUAAUCUUAUUUUAUUAUGCGCAAGAUUAAUUUUAAAUAACAGACUAAGAUACAAUCGAAAAACUAUCCUACAUUCAUGUUGGCAUCUAUACCAUUAUGCUUUCAACAAGCCUCGUUAUUGAUUUAUAUUAAUAAUUCAGGAUAAUUAGCAAUAAGUAUAAAUAUUUAUAGCGGAUUACUUAAGUGUGUCAAAAAAAGAAACCAGAAAAUCAACCAUCAAAUAGAGAUAUGUUUAUAGAUUUAAGUUAGGAAAAUGGCAUCAAAUUACAAAACAAUUAAUUUUGCUUCACUAAUUUGAGGAUACAGUGA